GCAUUGAGCAACAACCACUUCUAGUCUAACUCUAGACGCAACUUCUCUUCUCAUUUGCCACCUAAAUUUCUUCUCUAAUCUCUAGCCCUUUGAUUCGAAGGCUCUCACAUCGUACCCACCAUCCGAAUAACCGCCACCGCCACCGCCACCGCUGCAUCUUUUCCGGGAACCAAAAAUGUCUAAUCUCAGGCCAAGACCCACACCCACGAAGCAGCCAUCAAUUUCCGACACCCCAAAAGCCCCACUACAACGGCAGAAGUCUUUCUCACAAAGCGCAGUCUCCCAAACCUUUACAGCCACCGCAAACCUUGCCAAACAUCUCCCCACAGGCACCCUCUUGGCGUUCCAGCUUCUCAUACCGAUCUUCACCCAAAACGGCGCGUGUGACUCCGCCACUCGCCCCAUGACAAUCAUUCUCCUCGUCCUCCUCGGCCUCUCCUGCUUCCUCGCGUGCUUCACCGACACCGUCGAGGCGUCGGACGGACAUGUCUACAACGGAUUCGCCACCUUCAAAGGGCUUUGGCUGUUCGACUAUCCAGACCCUUCAGGCGCCGGCUUGCCGGAUUUGAGGAAGUAUCAAGUAAGGUUCAUCGAUGUGGUUCAUGCUGUGUUAUCAGUGCUUGUGUUUGGUGCUGUAGCUUUGAGAGACAAGAAUGUGUUGGGGUGCUUUUAUCCAACGCCUGGACAUGAGGCUAAGGAGGUUUUGGAUAUUGUUCCUCUGGGUGUUGGGAUCAUUUGCAGUUUGUUGUUUGUGGUUUUCCCCACCAGAAGACAUGGCAUUGGCUUCCCUGUCACAUCAGGCAAAGAGGAAAAAUGAUAUAAAUAUGUUUUUUCUCAUCUCAUUUUUUAAAUUUAUCAUCCAAUUGAUGAGUUGCAAAUAGGAGAAUUUUAAAUU